AUGGGAGACAACCAACCCCUCACCCGAGCCGAUUUUGACGACCUUACCGCGGCUCUCACCACGGCUCUAACCAAYGCCUUCACCAACUCACAAGACACCCUUAUCAAUCGAAUCAGUACUCUCAUCAACAGGCGUCCGGUAAGAGACAGACACCCCGAUCGUAGACCACCACCCCGUCAUCAACUAGCCCCUAGCGUUCACUCUAGUUYCGAAUCAGAACCUGAGGAGGAAGAGCGACCACCUCGCAACGAUCCAGACUACCGAAUGAARGCCGACAUCCCUUACUUCCAUGGAAACGUAGGCGUCGAAGACUUCCUCGAUUGGCAAAUCGAGGUUGACCGUUUCUUUGAAAUCAUGGAAAUCCCAGASCAUAAGCAAGUCAAGAUGGUGGCUUUCCGCUUAAAAAACACCGCCGCCGUUUGGUGGGAUCGUUUAACCACCCAACGACAACGACAACACAAGGGCCCGGUUCGUUCAUGGAGACGAAUGAARCAAUUAAUGUCAGAUCGUUUUCUACCGGAGGAUUACGAACARAUUCUCUACCGAAUGUACUUGGAUUGUUCCCAAGGUUCCAGAUCCGUGUCCGAAUACACAACGGAGUUUAUYCGUUACUCCGAUCGAAAYGAGGUAGGCGAAACGGAGGGUCAAAGAGUCGCACGCUACAUCAACGGUUUGAAGCCUUCCAUCCAAGAAAAAAUCGGACUCCAAACCGCGUGGACCAUCUCUGAAGCUUCCAAUUUGGCCAUAAAAGCCGACAACCGGAGAACCACCGAGCUUGUGAACGAAGAAGAAUACGACGACGAAGAAAAAGAGUACGAAGGCGCUGAUUUUGCAGAAGAAGAUUUCGAGGAAGAAAAAGUCAAUAUCGUACUCCAACGAGUUCUUCUCUCCCCAAAAGAAGACGGUCAACGAAAAAACCUCUUCCGGUCUUAUUGCUCGAUCAACAAAAAGAUUUGCAAUGUGAUCAUAGACAAUGGUAGUUGCGAAAACUUGGUGGCUCAAAAGCUUGUCAAUCACUUAGGUCUACCGACUCAACCUCACGAAUCGCCGUAUGCACUUGGAUGGGUCAAGAAAGGGCCGCAAGCACGAGUGACUCAAGUUUGCAAGGUUCCUCUUUCUAUUGGCAAAUACUACAAAGAAGUACUUUGUGAUGUUUUGGAUAUGGAUGCAUGCCACAUAUUACUCGGACGACCAUGGCAAUACGACAACAACGUUACUCACAAGGGAAGAGACAACGUGAUGCUAUUCCAAUGGGGCGAUCGAAAAAUUGCCACAGCACCCGUUGCCCGAUUUGAUAAAGUCCCGGAAAAGUAA